AUGGCAGAUCCUGCGUUUAACAAAGAGCGUCAUAUAAAAUACUUCUUGCGCUGUCUCAAAACCGUCCUGCCCCACCAGUAUACGACAGGCGACUCGAAUCGCGUACUCCUGGCCUUCUUUACAGUCGCUGGACUGGACUUGCUGGGGGCUCUACAGUCCAACACCACGCCCGAGGAGCGACAAGGCUACAUCGACUGGCUGUAUCAUUGUCAGGUUCCCUCUGGAGGAUUCCGAGGAUUCACGGGCACCAGAUUCGGCGAUGAGAGGCGUACGCGCGAGAACGAAGCCUGGGAUCCAGCAAACGUUCCUGCUACUUUCUUUGCGCUGGAAACAUUGCUCAUCCUAGGCGAUGACCUUUCGCGAGUGAAGAGAAAGGAGUGCCUCCAAUGGCUUCCUAAGUUGCAGCGCGCAGAUGGAAGUUUCGGGGAAAUCCUUGGUGUGAAUGAAGAAAUCGAGGGCGGCAGAGAUUUGAGAUUCUGCUGCUGUGCCGCCGGUAUACGAUAUCUGCUUCGAGGGAAGCACGACGAUGACCUCGGGGACGUAAAGGAUAUAGAUGUGGAAAAAUUGAUAUCGUUUAUUGAAUCAUGCCAGACAUAUGAUGGCGGCAUGGCUGAGGCACCAUUUUGCGAAGCCCAUGCGGGUUUGACUUAUUGCGCCGUGGGUGCCCUAUCCUUCUUGAGACAGACAUCAGAUGCCAUCAGACGAGUCAAUCUGCUCUCACCAGAUACGCGAGAGUUUGCGUCUUUAUUGCAAUGGCUAGUGUCAAGACAAACGACGGAACUCGAAGAAGAGGAGGAGGAGGAAGACGACAAUAACAACAAAGACGAAGAUAAGGAUAAUGCCAAACCGGACUCAGUGCAGCACGUCGAAGACGGCGUGAGAGCUCCGUCUUUAAACGAUGUAAUUCACGCAUUGCCCGAUCUAUCUCCUCCCACUGAAUCCUCAUUGACGUGGGCUGGCUUUAAUGGACGGUCCAAUAAAAUUGCUGAUACAUGCUAUUGCUUUUGGGCGACAGGCGCCCUCGCAAUGCUGGAUCGGCUUUCGUUAAUAGAUGCAUCUGGCAACCGCCUGUAUCUUCUCCAGAAGACGCAACACCUCAUUGGCGGCUUUGGGAAAGGAGUCGGAGAGCUUCCAGAUCUUCUCCACUCCUACUUGGGACUGGUCAGUCUUGCGCUGCUCAAUGAGCCCGGUCUCGAGAGCGCGGAUCCAACUCUCUGCGCCCCUUCACGGAUUCUUGAUCGUGUCAAGUCUCUUCCAUGGUGGCGAGAGGACGCCCACGCGACACCGGUAGCAGUACAUCAGAGGGAAAAAUAG